AUGGAGAAUAAUAAUAAUGGUGAUAAAAAAUUAUUUAGAAAAUGUGUUGGUGCUGUUGUUUUCAAUGAAGAAGGUAACUUGUUAGUAGGUCGUAGAUCAUCUUUGAAAAAGGCUGCUGUUGGAAAGUGGCAAUUUCCUCAAGGUGGUGUAGAGAAAGAUGAGGAUUAUUACAAUGCUGUGUUGAGAGAGUUAAAGGAAGAGGUCGGAUUAGAGUUAUCAGGUGAUUACUCAUUGAAGUACAUUGAUAGAUUACAAUCACCAAUUGAAUAUCUAUAUGAAAGAAUAGAGACAAGUCAUGAUAGAAAAACACAUGGACAAUCGAUAGUAUGGUAUUUCUUUUAUAUGAACAGUAAGCAUAUCGAUAGAGUAAAGUUGGACAAUGAGCCGGAACAACAAGAGUUUGAUCAAGUACAAUGGAUGUCCUUCGACGAUUUACUACAACCUGAGAACAUAGUAUCUUUUAAGCUUGAAAUGUAUCAACAGCUUCAAAAACAAUCUAUUCCCAUCAUUCAGAAUGCCGCCAAAUAA